CUGACCACUCUUGCAGGCGCGGCAGGCGAGCCGAUCUGUGUCUUUGGUGACUAUUUGAAGUGCAUCCUCUUGUGUUCAACAGUUCUGGCCUGAGAAGCUAAAGCACCUUGUGCACUUCCCUUUAAAAUGAAAGAUGAAAUUGCUGCCACAGUCUUCUUCAUCACGAGGCUAGUGAAAAGGGAAGACAAGCUGAGCAAACAUAAAAUGGAGCAAUUUGCAGCUAAGCUGACAACAAUACUCUUUGAGAAGUAUAAGAAUCACUGGUACUUGGACAAUCCAUCCAGAGGACAAGCCUUCAGGUGUAUAAGGAUAAACAAACACCAGACAAGAGAUCCAGUGCUGGAGCAAGCUUGUGCAGAGAGUAAUGUGGACUUCACUCAGCUUGGCUUGCCUAAAGAGAUGACACUGUGGGUUGAUCCAUUUGAGGUGUGUUGCAGGUAUGGUGAGAAGAGCCAGCCCUUCACAAUUGCACACUUUGAAGGAGAGGAGAACCCAGAGCUUCCUCAGCAGAUCAGCUAUGCUGUUGACAGAGCAGCACUAGACUAUCAUUCUGGCAUCUCUUCUGAUGAGGAGAGCUUCAGCAAGGAGCCACAAGCUAUCCCUACUGUCAGCAAUCCCAACAGUGUCUACCAGUUCUACUGCAAGGGACCCAUCCAGCCCUGGUCUCAGUACCUCUAUCGGAAGGCCUAUAUGACUGAUGGCUCAUAUUAUGCCCAGCACAGGGGUUACAAACUCCACAGGCCCACAGCUGCUUUCACAGGACUGCGUGUUGACAGAUACCACUGGAUCAACACCAAGAGGGCUCUGGUUUCUUGCAGCAGUGGGUGGAUAUUCUCAGAACAUGACAGCUGCUCCUGCUUUUCUUAUUUCAUCUUUUCAAUAAAUUCCAUCAGCUUCUCCAGUGCCUUUCUGAUCUCCAACAGGACCUGGAUUUCCUGUUCUUUUUCAUCUCUGUCAGCUACAAACAGCAAAUGUUAGCAGUAGCACCCAACUGAUGACCUACUGGAAGUGCACAGAGCAAAUCUGAGGCUUUGCAAGCAAUGGAUGGCGUGAUAAAACCUGGUG